UUUUCACUAAAGGUUCUAGACCAGCUCUGAUACCUCGGAGCAACAGCUCUUACAGAUAAACAAAGCUUUCUGCAGAGAGAAAAGGACUUUAAAAAUUACCCACCACAAUGACGGACAGAAGCCCCUUUGAAACCGACAUGCUCACCCUGACGCGCUAUGUUAUGGAAAAGGGGCGUCAAGCCAGAGGGACAGGGGAGCUCACACAGCUGCUGAACUCCAUGCUGACUGCCAUUAAAGCCAUCUCCUCGGCCGUGCGCAAGGCCGGCCUGGCCAACCUGUAUGGAAUUGCGGGAAGUGUGAACGUGACAGGGGAUGAAGUGAAGAAACUGGACGUGUUAUCCAAUUCCCUGGUAAUCAACAUGCUCCAGUCUUCCUACAGCACCUGUGUCCUGGUCUCUGAAGAGAAUAAGGAUGCGAUUAUCACAGCCAAGGAGAAGAGGGGGAAAUAUGUGGUCUGCUUUGACCCACUGGAUGGAUCUUCCAACAUCGACUGCCUGGCCUCCAUUGGAACCAUAUUUGCCAUCUACAGAAAGACCACAGAGGACGAGCCUUCCGAAAAGGAUGCCCUGCAGCCAGGCCGCAAUAUCGUGGCCGCAGGCUAUGCGCUCUAUGGCAGUGCAACUCUGGUGGCUCUUUCCACUGGGCAAGGAGUGGACCUCUUCAUGCUCGACCCAGCUCUUGGUGAAUUUGUUCUGGUGGAAAAACAGGUCACAAUUAAAAAGAAAGGAAAGAUUUACAGCCUCAAUGAGGGCUAUGCCAAGUAUUUUGAUGCUGCCACCACAGAUUAUGUGCAGAAAAAGAAAUUUCCUGAGGACAGCAGCGCCCCCUAUGGGGCCAGGUACGUGGGCUCCAUGGUGGCUGAUGUGCACCGCACCCUGGUCUAUGGAGGGAUUUUCUUGUACCCAGCGAACCAGAAAAAUCCUAAGGGCAAGCUCCGGCUCCUGUAUGAGUGUAAUCCUGUGGCCUUCAUCAUUGAGCAGGCGGGAGGCUUGGCGACCACAGGCACCCAGCCUGUGCUGGAUGUGAAACCUGAGACCAUUCACCAGCGAGUCCCCCUGAUUCUAGGGUCCCCAGAUGAUGUGCAGGAAUAUCUCACCUGUGUACAGAAAAAUCAGGCAGGCAAGUAGUGAGUUUGACCCUGAGAAUCCUCUUCUCUUUGUCUUGUACCUUGUACUGAGGACCCUAGGUGAAUGAUAAACAGCCACAGUGGUGAUGAGUAAUAAACUGCCAAUCCACCGAAUUACAAACAGAAGAGUAGUAGUAAACUGCUCAUGACAGGUCUAGAGGGCAGAUGGGGUUCUGUGGUCAGUGUACAUGGCUAAAAAUAAAAACCCACAUGUGAAAAG